CAUUUAUUAGGUUAGGCUAAUUGUAGUAUCUUGUAAGUUUUAAUUCAAGUCUUCCUUGUUUUUCAACGAGAAAACGUAAAGUGCCUCAUAACAACGUUGUAGUGUAACAAUAGUGAUUUAUAAUGUUCAGUUUUGUUUUUUGAUACGAGGUACCGAAGCUAUAGUCAUGGAUUUUGCUACCCCGCCACCAAACAUGUCGAUGCCUCCACCUGGAAUGGGUGGCCCUGGGCCUAUGGGUCCACCAGGUCCACGUAAUAAUAUACGACAUAAUUUUCGACCUUUCAACUAUCAAAUGCGAUUCCCACCGCAAGGACCUCUUAAUAUGACACAGGACGAUUUUGAUGGUAAACGUUUACGUAAAUCGGUCAUGCGUAAAACCGUAGAUUAUAAUUCGUCUAUCAUUAAGGCUCUAGAAUGUCGCGUUUGGCAAAGAGAUUGGAGAGACAGGCAUGCAUUACAACCUGAUGCUAUGUAUACUCCUGAUCUCUUGCCGCCACCAUCGUAUCUUGAUAAUCCUAUAAAUGCAGUAACAACUCGGUUUGUGAAGACAGCUACAAACAAAAUGCGAUGUCCCAUUUUUGCUGUCGCUUGGACACCUGAAGGCCGUAGGCUUAUAACUGGGGCUUCCUCUGGGGAAUUUACUUUAUGGAAUGGAUUAACUUUUAAUUUUGAGACUAUUCUUCAAGCUCAUGAUUCACCUGUUAGGUCAAUGGUAUGGUCUCAUGGGGAAGGUUGGAUGGUAACAGGUGAUCAUUCAGGCUUUGUAAAAUAUUGGCAAAGUAAUAUGAAUAAUGUUAAAAUGUACCAAGCCCACAAAGAAGCUGUCAGGGGUAUAAGUUUCAGUCCAUCUGAUUCUAAAAUUGUCACAUGCUCAGAUGAUGGUACACUACGCAUAUUUGACUUCUAUAGAUGUCAGGAGGAGAGAAUCUUGAGGGGUCACGGAGCUGAUGUUAAAUGUGUUCAAUGGCAUCCAACUAAAGCUUUAAUAGUAUCUGGAAGUAAGGAUAAUCAACAACCUAUUAAACUUUGGGAUCCAAAAUCUGGUACUGCUCUCGCCACGCUCCAUGCUCAUAAGUCCACUGUUAUGGAUUUAAAAUGGAAUGACAAUGGUAACUGGCUUAUUACUGCUUCUAGAGACCACUUAUUAAAAUUGUUUGAUAUUCGUAAGCUUGGUACUGAACUGCAAAUAUUCAGAGGACAUAAAAAAGAAGCAUCAAGUGUUGUGUGGCAUCCAACACAUGAAGGACUGUUUUGUUCUGGUGGAUCUGAUGGUGCAAUUCUGUUUUGGAAUGUAGGUACAGACAAAGAAGUAGGAUGUAUAGAAGGUGCUCAUGAAUCAUUAGUCUGGACAAUGGCAUGGCAUCCUUUGGGACAUAUUUUAUGCUCAGGAUCUAAUGACCAUACAUCAAAGUUUUGGACUCGUAAUCGGCCUGGUGACCAGAUGAGGGACAAAUAUAACUUGAACACUUUACCUCCUGGGGUCCAAGAUGAUAAUGAGUUAGAGGAGCCAGGUGCAAUUCCUGGAAUGGGUCCUGAAGAUAAAGUGGAGAUAUUUUCUUCUGAUGCAGAUAAGGUUAUACCUGGCUUAGAUUUAGAUACAACCCUCAUUCCAAUGGACUUUGAAAAGAAAGUAAAGAAGGUUCCAUAUAGUAAACCUAUACCAAGAAGUUUCCAGGUGCAAUGGAACCAUGGUCCAACGGGGAUAGAUGACCCUGUAGCUGAAGCAUACACACAUGUGUUAGUAGAAUCAGUUCCAGGUGCCAUUCCUUUGCAACAAAUUCAACCAUCUGCAAUUUUUGUUUAUGGAAAACUGAUUCCAGUAGAACCAGGUUCAAAACUUGAAAAAGCAAUCACUGAGGGUCCUAUUGCAUUAAAAAGAUAUAUUGCAACAGGGGAAAUUGAGGAGUUGCAUGAUAUGAUGGCACACAUGGAAGAAGAUGCUGAUGAUGAUAAUUUCACUCCUUUUGAAUAUCCUCGUAAUAGUACAGGUAAUGAUGAGGCCGAAGAUGAUAACCAAGAUAAGGAUGGGUAUGAAGAUGAACACUAUUAUGAUGAAAAAAUGGAUACAAGUCAUCAAAGUAAUGAUGAUAAUAGCUUUAACAAUGGUCCUGACAGAAAUAAUUUAAUGAGUAACAUGCCACCAAUGAUGAUGCCCCCAAUGGGUAUGACACCACCAAUUGGUCCCCCAAUACAUCCCAUGGGUUCCAUGCAUAUGCCACCUCCACUCAUGGGUGGCAUGCCACCCAUGCCUCCUAUGGGUAAUAUGCCACCGCCAAUGGGUAACAUGCCAUUAAUUAGAAAUGUACCACCACCUUUUCAAGACAAUGGCUAUAAUAAAGGUCAAUAUGAUUCAAGUCAAGACAAUAAUCAGUCAUAUGAACAAGACAAUGAGGAAAAUAAUGAAGGUGAAGUGUACAAUCAGAGCUAUGAAAGUGAUAACUACAAUGAUGAUAACGAAGAUGAAAAUAGUGAAAACAAUUAUGGUCACAAUCCCAGAUGGAGUGGUGGCUAUAGGAGUAGAAAUCAAGAUAAUAUAGGCAAAGCUCAAAACAGAAGAGGACAAGAUAGAGGUAGAGGCCAAAAUAGAGGAAGGGGUGUCAAUGGCUAUGGAGGACGGGGUAGUCGCAGAGGCAGCGGAUCACGGGGCUCAAACUGGCGUGGACGAGGUAGCGGUUCAAGUAGACCAUUCAGAAGGGGGGGAAAACAAAACAACUAAAAAAGACUAUAAAUCUCUUCAUAAUACAAUCUUAUGUUUGUUUUGACAAGUGUGUGCAAACAUGCAAAGUGAAUGUGGAUGAAUUAGGUUGUAUAUAAUUUCUUCAUAACA